AUGUCUGCGGUGUCUCCUCAGCAUCACCGCAACCUGAUCGGGAGUCGUAUCGCGGACGGUCGUCUGCAGCUGGUCUCGCUCCUGGGACUGGGUGCGUACGGUGUCGUGUACCUGGCGCGCGAUGUCUCCAGCAUCAUGCAGCAACGCACGCAGCGCUCCCCGUUCCUCCAGGGUAACACCAGCGGUCUUUACGCGGUCAAGUGCCUCAACAAGGUCGGCCUCGAUAGCCGGCAGCGCGCCUUCCAGCGGCGCGAGAUCCUUCUCCACACGAUGACAUCCAGCCACCCGAACGUGGUCACGCUGCACCGCAUCAUUGACAACCCCUGGGAGCCCUACGUGUAUGUGGUCAUGGACUAUUGCGCCGACGGCGACCUGUUCACCAUGAUCACCGAGAAGCAGCGCUACAUGCUCCCGCCCGAGCCCUUCGUGCCAGACCCCCGCGCCACCGAUGGCCGGCCGCUCCCGCCCGACGAGGCCUAUACCCACGCUCGCGCCCAGAUGGACCUGAUCAUCAAGGACGUGUUCGGCCAGAUCCUCGACGCCGUCGAGCAUUGCCACGGCCUCGGCAUCUUUCAUCGCGACCUCAAGCCGGAGAAUAUUCUGUGCACCGCCGAAGGCCGGCGCGUCUCGCUCGCUGACUUUGGUCUCGCGACAGGGGACCGCAGCAGUGCCGACUUUGGGUGCGGCAGCUCGUUCUACAUGGGUCCCGAGUGCCAGGGCGGUAUCACCCACCGCCUUACCAAGUACAACACGGCGGCCAACGACGUGUGGUCGCUCGGCGUGAUCCUCAUCAACUUCAUCUGCGGGCGCAACCCAUGGAAGCAGGCCACGCCCAACGACGAGACGUUCCGCGAGUACCUGCGCGACCCGGACUUUCUCGAGAAAAUUUUGCCCAUCUCUGACGAGGUGCAUGCGGUGCUGAAGCGCAUAUUUACGCUGCGUCCCGAAGCACGCCCAUCCGUCAGCGAGCUGCGCCGCUGGGUCCAUGCUCUGCCGCGCCUCCAUGCCACGAACCUCGAGAUAUGGGAGCGCCAGCACCGCGAGCAGCUGGCGGCCGCCGAAGCGAGGGCGGCCGAGCUCGCCGCGGCUCGCGAGGCCGCCCACACGCACGGUCCACCGGUAUUCACGCCGGUGCCGCCGCCUGCCUCGCCGACGCUGCUGAACGAAGACUAUUCGCGCUUUUCCAUGCUCUCACUGCGGUCCGAGAGCGACAGCGCGACAGCGACGCCCGUUCUCUCGCCGCAGCAGCCCUUUCAAGACGAGAGCAUCGCGGUCCCGCACCUGUCCCCGUGCAUCCCCACCGGCGCCUCGACGCCGACUCGCAGGUGA